ACCACGAUGUCACAUCAUCGUCAUCAUUACCAUUGUCAUUAUCAUUAUAAUCCUCGUGAUACACCUCUACACCUGACGCCGGUGCGUGUCUAAUCACUAAAAAACAAUUAAUGAUUCAUAUUACAAUAAUUAACUUAAAUGUAACUAAAUAUUGUGCGUGUGUAUGUGUCUAAGGAGUAAGGACAUAACCAUUCAAUUGAAAUAAUAUUAUGUUGGGUGUAUUAUCGAGUAUUAAAACGAAAAAAUGUCGACAUUGUUGCGACCAGUUUUGUCAAUAAUACACAUAAUUUACACAAUUUACAUACUCAUUAAAACACAAUGGUUUUAUUUAAAUAAUGAGAUUAUCAGAUUAAUAAAUCCAAAAAGUUUAAAACUAAAUGAAUGCAUAUUAAAUGAGUGUGAUACAAGUGGACUUAAAAAAUUACCAGGACAUUUGAUUGUUGUUAUUGGAAGUGAGAAUGUGUCAUUUGUUGAUAUAAUAAAAAUUAUUGGUUGGACUGUUGCACUUGGUAUUCCCCACGUCAGUUUUUAUGAUCAAGAUGGUGUCAUAAAAAAACAAUCAAAUGAAUUUAAAAAAGAAUAUCAAAAAUCAAAACCUGAUUCAUAUCCUAAAAUAACAUGGGAUUUUGAUAAAUUAAAUAACAAUAAAAAUGAAACAAAUAGUUAUAAAAGCACAACAAAGAUUCAUUUUCUAUGUUAUAAAGAUGGAAAAGGUAAUAUUGUUAAUUUAACUAAAGAUAUUGCACAAGCAGUUACACUGGGUGUUUUAAAACAUGAAGAAAUUGAUUCUAAUUUAAUUAAUGAAAAAUUAAGUUAUAAUUUUCCUGAACCCGAUCUUGCAAUUGUUUUUGGUAAUACAUUUUCAACAUUUGGGCUUCUUCCUUGGCACAUACGACUUACAGCAUUUUUUCAUUUACCAACUCAUCAUAAUAUUCCACCAAAGUCAUUUAUAAAUGUUUUGGCAAAAUAUGGUGGUUGUGAACAGAGAUAUGGAAAAUAAACAAAUUGCCUGUAAUUAUGCUCAAAUUAAUUCAUAAAUUAAAGACGAAUAAAAGAAAAAAAAAUAAUUGAUCGUCUUAAUUAUUAUUGUAAUGAAAGAAAAAAAAUUGAUACUGAUCACUGGAUUAGUUUUUAUUAUACAAAAAAAAAAAAAAAAGUUGGCUGAAUUGAAUAUUAAAUUUUUUUUAAAAAUGUAAAAUAACCAUUAGUUAAUUUAAUUGAAAAAUGGUAUUAAUUUAUUAAGUAGCCAAUGCACAGUUUAUUUUUAUUUCAUUAAAAACGAAAGAGAAACUACUUAAAAAAAAAAAAAUCUUCCAAGCCUAUUUUUCACAUUCCAAAAAUGUAAAAUUGGGAAAUACUAAUUAUUUUGCAAUAUUAAAUAUAUAACUAUGUAAAUUUGUAUCUGAAAUGAACUAGAAUAAUAAAUAGAACAGGAUUUCCUAGUCCCUAUAAAUAUGUAUUUUAAAAAAAUAAUAAUUCGAUUGUCGAAAUAAAAAGAGAUAAAUAAAAUUAAAAAUCAUUUUAUUAUUUAAGAUCAA